AUGAAUUUACCAGCUUUGACAAUUUUGUUUUUCGCGAUUACGCAUAUUUCUUCAGGUCAAGAGCCGUGGAAAAGCGAAUGUGUUGAUGGAUUCAAACUUCUGUUUUUCAAAGAAAAGAAAAAUUACACUGAAGCAAAAUCAGCUUGUGAAUCUGCGGGAAGUUAUCUCGCCAAAGUUGAUAAUCAAAAAAUAACCGACGUUAUAAAUCCAGUACUCAAAAUCGAUCAAUUUAACGACAAAUUCUUUAUUGGAGGCAACGCCAUAGCUAAAGAAGAUGAUUGGAAAUGGCAGGAUGGGACUGACGUCAUAAUGAGAGGAGAGAAAGGAUAUCAAAACUGGUUAGCUGUCAAAAAAUUUAUAGAUUUUUCAACUUCUAUGACAAAUAAACGAGUAACAAAUCUCUUAGCCAAUUAUUGGCAACCUCAUUGUAACUAUGUGCAAAAAUCAUUUAUUGAGUUAAUAUCUUUUAAAACAGAGUUCCAAGGUCCUUAUCUGGAAAUACAAAGUACAGGUCAAAAUCAAAUGACUUGUGCUAAGACCAGGUGUAACCCGGGUACUAAUGUUGAAUGGUAUUAUGCGAGUUCCGUGAUACCAACAGAUCCUAGCAAGCGUGUUUAUCAAACAAAGCAAUCUGGAUCAGCAAUAUUACAUCUACAAAACGCAGAUAUAUCAUAUGCAGGGAACUACUCCUGUUGGUCUUGGGUUAAAAAUGGAGAAAAUAAAAUUAAUUAUGAAGUUGAUGGGACUCCAACAAUUAAUCAUAUUCAGAAAUACGCUUGCAACUCCGAUUUGUUGAUCUCGUGGGAACCUCACAAAAAUGCAGUUGGAUUUCCUCAUAGAAUUUCAGUACUAGGACCAUUGCUUAAGGGAGAAAGAAAAUGGGUUUCACCGCUGAAACCGCUGACACAGUCGACAUUGAUAAGUAAUUUAGAUUCGGAUACAACUUAUAAAAUAUGGAUUGAAGCAUGCUUAUCAAAAGAUGCGUGUACAGAAUUGGAGUCCGACACGUACGCACGAUCAAUCAUAAAAACAGGAGGAAAAGCUCUAAGCGCAAAAUCAGCUUUCUUUAAACAAAUUGAAGAAAAUGAAACCUGCAUUAUAUCAUGGGAUAUAGAUAAUGAAGAAAGCAUAGAAUUGUAUACCGUGGAAUUGGUUUUGAACUCAACUCUGGUCACAUCGCGGUCUUCUCAAAUACAAAAGGUAGACUCAAACGUAUCAAACAUGACAUCAGCAAGUGAGUAUCACUUUCAACCAAAGCCAAAUCGAGAGUACUCUGCGUCCGUUAUGAUAUUCAGUUGUGCUGGAUCAAGUAAAUCUUUGAGAGUGCGUGGUUCAUGUAGUGGAACUUCAAAAGCUCCAACAAUGGUUCAUCCUCCCAAAAUUGUUGGAGAUUCAGGGAUCAGCAAGAGUGGCGAAAUAAAUAUUACGAUACAAAUGCCUUAUGAAAGUAAUGGUCUUAUUAGUUGCAUAUUCGUACUUGUUGACAAGGACUGUUUUGAAACAAGCACUGAAUUUACAAUGGAUGAUUUGAUUACUUUCAACAGCACAGCGGAUGGGAAAAAAUACAUUGCCAUGGCAAAUCAAGUUGCGAACAUAAAAGAAAAGACUGUAAACGUUACACUCGGAGACGAGUCAGUAACUCAAUGUGACAUCGCAGGAUUUGAAGCGACAGAUGUGGCUAUGGGAACCGACUUUUUAUUCAUCGGGACAAAUCGGAAGUUAAAUAAAGAAAAUUUCCCCAGCAUUUCGAUCGUUUCUGCAACACCAUCCGAAAAAGAGAUUUACUUCAAAAAAAGUUUGCGGAUAACGUUGGGAAAAGAAAAGAAAUCUUUUACUUUCAACUUCCCGAGUUUUGUGAUUGGUUUCAUUAUCCCACUGUUGUUCCUCGGAAUCACUGGAUGGAUCAUACGAAAACUUAAGCUCAAGAUAGAGGAAAUGGAACAAAACGAAGCCAUAAAAAUUCAUAACUACGAAACCAUAUCGGAUCAAGCAACAACUUCCACCCAUCAAACUGCCGGAACGACAUACGAAAAUGUAUUAGAAGAAAUGGCUGGUUAUGAACAUCCACUUCCUUCAACAAGUGUUCAAGCCAACAAGAAACCUUCUACGAAAAUUACAGGGCUUGAUUGAGUGUUAUCACACAAGAACUCACAGCCAAUUUUUAACUUUGCAUUAAA